AUGCCAGUGAUAUACAUUCUGUGGUCGUAUCUUCCAUCCCCAUUUCUCCACCAACUCGGCAUCUACUACUAUCCCAACCGUUGGUGGUCGCUGGCAAUCCCAGCGUGGCUAGUGGCGUUGAUCAUCUACAUCUACGUGGCACUGGCAUCGUACAACACCGGUUACUUGACCCUACCUAUGAACAGCAUGGAGAAUAUCGUGGACGAUGUCGCCAACGUCGCAGUCAUUGACGGAAAAGCGCGACGACGACCUGGGGGAGCAGCAAAGAUGAAACCGGGUGCGACGUCCUAUCAGAUCAUGGGCCCUCAGAAUCGCAAGGUGAACUGGCAGGAGAUCUGGAACGAAGGCACCGACGCGGUUAUGGAUGUGCCGGUGGGAGGCGUGUGUGAGGUGCUGUAUGGCCAAGAGCGGAACAAUGGCUUGGAACUCUCUUCGCAGACGGCAGAUUAUCGGCGGUCUUCUUUCUCAUAG